AUGACUUCAUUAUUUCGUAAAUUUUAUGAAAAACUUAAUCUUAGAAUAUUAAAUGAUACGCCAAAUCCAACAAUAUCAGAUCUAAUUGCAAAACUAAUAUCAAAACCAAAACCAGUAGCAAAACCAAAAUCAAUAGCAAAAUCAAUAGCCAAACCAAUAGCAAGUCCAAUAAUAAAUCCAAAGCAUACAUUUUUAAUAAAAGAUAAAACAGGAAAAUAUAAAUAUGAUGUCAAACCAAUCGAAGUAGUGGAUUUGAAUACAGAAAAAAUAGUGCCAAUACCUAAAGAUGGCAAAUCAGUCGAGGAAAGAUUUGCAUAUCAUUUCUUGGAAGCUUUAGCAACUAAUAAAUUUCCAGAAUUAAAUAUUUUCAGAGUAAGAAAAAUAAUGAAAACUGGUAAUAAGCAUUCUCGGUUUAAAGUUUUAACUCAAUUUAAUCAAGCAUGGGAUAUUAUGUACGAAGAGUCUCCACUUGUUAAUAAAAAAAAUCACACCUAUGGUUGGAAUGAAUUAACCAUUAUUAUUAAUCAUAUUCGUAAAAGAAUCAAAAAAGAUGGAUAUAAACCUAAGCAACAUAUAAGAGAAUAUAUGAAUGAAUUUGAGAAUGUAAAAUUCAUCAAGAAAGCAAAACAAAAUUAA